AUGAUGUUUGCUAUGAAAUUGGACGGUAAUAAGAACUUGAGGAAAUAUUCCAUGUUUCUCUCAGGUCUUGUUUUGCUUCAGCCCUUGUAUUUGGCCGUUAACGCUGUGUACUUUACGAUUAGGCGUUUCCAUGUCCCAGAUAGCAGUGUGGAUCUGUUCAUUUCUAAGCUUUUGAACUCUUCUCAGUUUUGUUAUUUUUUGGGUAUGCUAUUGGUGGCGGUGUACGUGUCCUUCGUUCCUCAGAGAUACCAGAAGCACAACAACAUCCUCUCAAUAGCCUCUAACUGGGCCACAGUCGUCUGUUCAGUACUUUUGCUGUUAUCUUAUGUAGUUAAGGGAGAGCAAGGUUCCCUAACAUUCUUUUACUACAUGAUAGCCAUUUCAUCUCUGGUUUUCUCGUUUAACCAGGGCCUAGUAAUGAACGUCUCGGCCCCUGAGAUCCAUUGGUAUGCAGUUGCAAUUCCCGUAUCAGGCAUUGUUGUCGUGGUUUAUCAACUCACGUUCCUCUUCUUUGCUGAGAAGUUAAACGUUAAGGGUAUCAACCUUACUAUCGUUACUGUCCAAACUGUUUUGGCCAUUUUCGCUACCAUUGCCACAUCCGUACUUUGGACCAUGACUUACUUCUCAGCUGAUUCCAGUUUGCUAAUUCCUGAGUCAUUUGAGUUCGAAAGCUCUUCAUUCUUUUCUAACCUUUGGAUGUCAAAGUUCCCAAUCCUAAUUACAUUCUUCGGGCUAGGCUAUGUAUACAUAGUUUACCCAGCAAUUGCUCCUUACAAACUAACUGAAUUAAGGCCUGCAUAUAGGAUCGAUCUUUUGAGUGUUUUCGCAGUUGGUCUUUCCUCAACGAUUAUCGUAUUCCUUUGCGAGUAUACAAAUUUAGGCCCCAACAAAAACUGGCGUCAUACACACUCUCUUUGGAACUACUCAACCCUGCUAAUCAUACCAUACCUCCUUAUGCCAAUCCUAUUUAUAGUACCGCUUCACUACCCGAAUACCAAGCUGGCCGAAUUGAUGACCAAGAAUAAGGCAUUUUUGGGCUUCUUCACUAUUGUUUUCGUGGUUUUACACGCGCUCAUGGUCACCGUCGGAUACUCCGCCGCCUCAAUGCAAACCAAUGACCAGUACAACCCUUCCAUGACCUCUUUUAACACCUUUUUUUCUUACUUCUUCAUUGUCUUCAUUGUCCUAUUGUCACAGGGUUACCUCAAGACCUAUAAGGAAUUCCUCAAUAAUAGUGACACCUGGGCCACGAAUGACAUGAAGGGACCUAGAGCCUUCUUCUACUGGCUUGGAAAAUCCUUCCAGUAUGGAUGGGAUGCAUUUACUGAGACUUUCUCUUCUGAUAUCAAAUCUGAUAUUCUCAAAACAAAUUGA